UUAAUUCUAACUCUGUGCGAUGAUCGUGAUGGUGAAACGUGAUUUUGCGACUGUGACUGAUCAGUGCAACUGGAGAAGAGUUUAGGAAAAAAAAACAUUUCAAGCACAUCUUCGAUCCGAUCAUAAAUUACGAUGAAUUUUAUGUCUUAUGGGAAAACAGCACGAUCAGCUGGUGGCGCUCGAAACGCUUUCAUUCCUGAAAAGUACUGGGCACCAACGGCACCGAAGCCAAUCAAUCGCCAUGAUUCAUUUUUCAAGCCUCAGCAGGAAGAUUUCGAGGAAAAUACCCCAAGGCCAAGGAACAUUGAAUCACAUGAUGACACCGUACUCACCAUUAAAGCUACGUCUUUCUUCAAUCGUGACGAAUCUACGCUCUAUAUGGCCAUAACUGAAGGACGUGGAAAUGCAUCCUGUGAAGUUGGAAUUGCCGCUAUUGACAUAAAGAGACCCGAGUUAAUCAUGAGUCAAAUCAGCGAUAACUUUUGGUACACCGGACUUUUGACGAAAAUAGCAAUUUUGUCUCCAACCGAGAUUCUCAUGCCGCAAGCUCUGAUUAAUUCAAGCAAUUCGUCUAAGCUGUACCUGUACAUAAAGCACACUUACCCAGACGUACCCAUUAGAGCGGUACCACGUCGUCAAUUUAACGAUAGAACAGCUCUCGAGAUCAUCGAUCACAUCCACAACACAAAGUAUAAAAGCAUCCGGGACAUGAUUGCAAAGAAAUACUAUGCACUGACUGCAUCUUCUGCAUUGUUGCAGUAUCUGGAAUGCAUUAUGAACUGUAGCUUUGCGCAGAACAGCUUAAAAAUUCGCUAUGAAUCGAAGUACGGUUGCAUGACGAUUGAUCUGGACACAUCACAUCACUUGGAAUUACUUUAUCCAACGUGUAAGACGAAGGAACAGCGGGCCUGUUUAUUCGGUGUGCUGAACUCGUGCGUAACAGGCAUUGGAAAGAGGAAUUUGCGAGCGCAGAUCCUUCAACCGAGCUGUGAAUUGAAGCAAAUCAUCAGGACGCAAGAAUGCAUUAAAGAGCUGUACGGAAAUCAGGAUCUGUUCAUAGCAUUGGAGGCGAUCUUAACGAAAUUCCACUCAGUGGACAAACUGAUGAAAUUUGCUGUCGUCAGUACAGCGAGUGACACGCCAAAUUCAUCUGAAACAAUGAUCAGCCAAAUCUUGCAACUGAAGGCCUGCCUGGAACAUAUCCCCGAACUGAAUCAUCUGAUAGCGACGAUCAAUAACACAUACUUUGACGACAUGAAGCUGGUGUUGGUGAACACAGCAUACAAAGAAAUGCUCGACGAAAUAACAACCGUGAUCCAUCCCAAUGUUCAGAUCACUGGCGGAACGACACAGUUCUUUCAGCGAUUACAUGCCGUGAAUCCUAACAUCAGUUCGUAUUUGGAUUUGAAUCGGGAAAAUUACACGAAACUGGUGGACAAAAUUAAUGAAAUAAUUGGCAAUCUGUCGGGUUCGCACAAUCUUCCAUUUCGUAUGAAGUUCAUCACAUCGAAAGGCUUCCACAUUCAAUUAACCGUGCCGAAAAACAGUACAUUUCCUCAGUUACCAAGUACGUUUGAGGUGCUAUCGAAGACAAAGAACUCCAUAAAUCUUACGACCACCGAACUGCGAAUGCUGAACGUACGAAUGUCUGACGUUGUCGAACAGAUUCACAUCGAAAGUAACAGAAUCAUAACAGAGUUGGUGAACUCAAUUCGACACAAUAUGGCACAUCUCUAUGACCUGUCUGGUCUCAUUUCGUCAUUGGACAUCAUGCUGUCGUUAACAAAGUAUAGCAUCAAUUCGAAUGGUUGCUGUCCGACUUUUAGCUCGGAGAUGAAUGUUAUCGAUGGAAUUCAUCCACUUCUGGAAUAUAAUCGAUGCAAGACGACGCCCGUACCCAAUGGAGUGAUUGCCAACAGUGAGUACCACUUUUUCGUGAUAACUGGUCCGAACAUGGGAGGAAAAACGAUUUAUUUGAAAAUGAUUGCGAUGCUGCAAAUCUUGGCUCAGCUUGGAUGCUUCGUUCCGGCUAGAACGGCUCAGUUUCGUUUAACCGACAAAAUAUUGAGUCGGAUCGGAUUCGGUGAUCGCAUUGAGUGCAAUUUGUCGGGUUUUGUUUUGGAAAUGCGAGAGACCGAGUACAUUUUCAAGAACAUCACACCGAACAGUCUUGUGAUAAUCGAUGAAUUGUGCAGGAGUACAAAACCAGAAGAAGGGGAAGUGUUGGCUUGGGAUAUUUGUGAAAGAUUCAUCCGAUUGAUUGGCGUUUCCAAUGACGGACGGUAUUUUGAUGAGUCUGAGGCUUCCAGCACUUCGAAAUCGUCCAAUAAGUCGUUAAAACUGAGCUCCAUAACGUCGCCGUUCAUUUUCUUCGUGACACACUUUGACUCCAUAACGAAGCUCCAGGACAAAUUCUUAAGUGUUGUGAAUCUUCACUUUUCGGCCACAGAGGAAGUAAUUGAUGGAAAGAAUCACCUAACCUACACAUAUCGCAUUGAGGAUGGUGUGAAUCAGAUCAAGAAUUAUGGAAUAUCGCUGGCCCAAUAUAUGAACUUCCCGCCUGAUGUCAUUUCGAGGGCCAUGGUCAUAUCCGACGAAUUGCGACAGAAGCAAUUGCCCGAUCGACUGAACAAGUCCAAUGUCAUGGGGAAUAACUCGUCUAUGAACAGGCGUUCAACCUACCGAUCUACCAUAUUGGAAACAAGUACAUCCGAACAUUCCCACCUGCUUCGACUGUUUUACAACCUCUAUGCGGAUAUGGUUUCGAUAAAUCGAAUGGAAAUUUCGACCGAAGAAAAGCGAGAUUUGCUUACGCAAAAAAUGAGAGAACUGGCAGAUGAACUGCCGUCGCAUAUUCUAGAAAUGGCGAAGAAAGGAACCUUGUUUGACCUGUUCAAGCGUACACCAAAUGUGCCUACACAUUUGUGGACACCACCGGAAAGCGAAUUUAUUCAUGAAGAACCACUGCAAACGAACGUGGCUUCUCAGUCGCUGCGCAAUGAAACCGAUUUUUCACUUCUGUCCCAGCACAGCAUUGCUCGUCGAGUGAAUUUGGAACGGCAAGAUAUGUCAGCAGUCACGCCAUUUGCUUCACCCCAAACAUCGAAUGCCAGAAACAGAAGACCGACUCAGCAGCAAUCUAAAGUUCACUUUUUGUCUGAUAGCAUUGAGGAGAUAGAAAAUUCCCAGCUUGGUGAUAGUUUCAGUGGAAAUGCAUACACCGGCAGAAAAGCGGCGGCUACUCCUCCAUUCAUUGACGACGAUCGUAAUUUCAAUUUCAUGGACGCAAGCAUCGACUUUAUCGAUGACGAAUUAACCCAAUACUUCAGAGACAUGAGUCCGAGCCGAGCAGGAACCAAUUUCGAAGAUGAACCAGACACAUCGGAUUUCGUGAUUCCGGAUAUUUUAGACCGAAGCGAAAGAUUCGCAGCCAGUGGCAGAGUGCGAUCGAACCAAAACACAUCGACCGAAGCCCAUCCAGCCACUUCGUCGAAAGAAAUCACGAAAAGCAAAUCCAGUAACAUGAACACAACUCAACGAUCCUCGUCUUCAUCGUCGUCCGGUCUGUUUCGAUUACAAUUGAAGAGUCCGCUGAUAAAGCGGGACAACCGGAUAUUGAAAACUCCACCGAAGAGUACUCGAACCCAAAACGUGUCGCUGGAUGAAUUCACUUUCGGCACUGCGAAGGAGCCUUCCGAGAAACGAUCGACAUCCCGAUUGUCGUUUAACAUGUUCGAUGAGACUGCGUUCUCCGGAGUAGAUAUUCCAACUAUUCCAUCUACCAGCAGCGAUAAAAACUCUGGCGAAUUCAAUGCGGACGAUGUUCCUACCAUCGGAUUUCAGGGCAAUGACAAACAUUAUUCGGAAGAUUCGCCCAGCCAACCGUUUAAGUUGAAUUUGACUCAAUUUUUUUCGAGAGAAAUAUCGGAGGAUCCAUUCUUCCUUCCAUCGCAAGCCAGCCAAACGGAUACCCAACCAACGUUUACCGAACUUUCUGAUGACAUUAUGCCAAUCCAAUCAAAAACCCCGUUCUGCAGUACUACCAAUGCAACCGAAGAUGAGUCAUUUACCUUUUCCGACAUCGCUGCUGCAUACUCCGGUACAGCAAAACCGAGAACUCGACGACCCGAUUACAACUAUGGAAACUGGGUGAGCACAGAUAAAUUGACCACAUUGGGCGAUAUGUCAAUUGUCAGUACAUCGCAAGAGCAGUCCGGAAAUUUCUUCAAUUUUAAUAGCUCCACACAAGAUUCGUCUCAGCGCACAAAUGGUCCUGAUGCGUACAAGUUGAUUGAACCAAUCAAUCAGAGCUACAUCAGAAAGGUUACAGUAGCACCGGAAAUAACACCUCCAACUGCUUUACAGUUCAUUCAGUAUGCAUAUCAGAACCAAUCGGAUGACGAAUCGAUAUCAGAUGAGGAAGAUAUUCACGGCGAAGGAACAAGACCUUCGACAGUAAAAACGGCACCCAUUCCGCAAGGUAAUCAGAUGAAUUUUCAGCAAAAGAAGGCAGCUCAAUGCAAAUUAACAAAGUCUUCGGCUGGUAAUCAAUCAGAAAAUGUAAUGAAAACGGGAAGUGACGUCAUUGAGGAGGUCUCAAAGCAAAAACUAUCGACAGCAUCUUUCAAUACUUCGAUAAGUAACGAUGAAAAUGUGGAGGAUAUCAUUCUACCCGUCCCUCCGGAGUUUUUGUAAGAAUUGAAUUUCAAUAAGAAAUUUACUUUGACUUUGACCAGUUGAACUGGUUGUACCGUAACGAAUUUUUGAGUUGAGAAAAUUGAAUAAAAUUGUUCCUCAUUUUGAUAUCAUUCGU